AUGCGAGAAUUUGCAGGUGAAGAGCAAGUGGAAGUGAUUGUGACCAUCGACGAAGAAGAAUACGAAAAAGUCUGGACAGAGCUUAUCAAAAUGAAUGAAGCUAAAGGUGACUUCAAUAUUUCUGUAGCAGAAUUUAUUGGCAACUGCGGGGAAUCGACCGCCAGUCAGUGUUUUCUUCAGUUUUAAAUGUUUAAAAAAUAAAUGGUUGCAAUUCCAAAACCAAACAUGUUGAUCUUUUUUUACCGCAACGUUCUUGUCUCACUAUUCUGUGAGAAAACUUCUUUAUCAGUCACAUUUCCAAAAUCAAGUUAUUGCAACUUAAUUUUUUUAGUUUAGGGUUAGAUUGAUUUUUUUUUCUUAUUGUAUAUAUGAAGGUCGCGAUGAAUGGCAGGAGAAAUUUGGUUACAUCCUGAGUUAUUUGGAGCAACCUAAGGACUACAGCGAUUCACCCAGUACUACAACCGAAACAAGCGAUAGUGGAAUGCCGAGACCACAUAGUGGUGCAGCUUCAGAGCUUGGAAGUGAAGAAAUCAGUGGUAAGAUACGCCAGAUAUAAUAAAAUUGUUACGUGCCAGACAACGGUGAGUUAUACUAAUGCAUUAGCAAAUCAAGGGUGAUUCGCUUCUUUUUAUUGGGCAUCUUGAUAAGAUGAGGUGGUUGUAAAGCAAAGCUUCGUUUUAAAAUAAGGUCCAUCAAAAGAAAAAAGUCACCGAAAAUUUCGGUCAACCGUUCGUGUACCGUGUAUUAACGAAAGAGGGACGCUGCUAAAUUAUUGAACUCAAUUUCCUCAGCUAAUUCCACUACAAUUGGCAAACUCCAACUUAGUGCUGUUGCGCCCUGAUUGCUUUAUCUCGAUGUGAAUUUCUUAAAAUUGCAUUUUUCAACGAUGACUUCCACCUUCAAGCAACAUUUUGUUUUGAAACUCGUCCCAGUUCUCAAUGUAAAAAAGAAUACCUCUUAGUGGUGUGCACUUUCUGCAGUUACGUUCUACCGUGGCUAUAUCUAACGAGCUCAGUGACCCCAUUAUUUAAUUGAUGAUUUAAAUAAGAACAGUGAUUUCUUAAAUUAAAAAGAUGACAAUGACUGACCUUUUGGCAAAUUAACUAAAUUGUGCUGGUUAAGCUAUAAUGAACUCAACAACGCAUGCCCAAAUUAAGUCUGACUUGGAGCAAUUAGUCAAAACAAUUGUAUUCAAAUGCAUUUUUCUGAGGCGUAGGUUGAUAUCGCAGGCUUUAUGGAAAACAUUAAUUAAAACCUGUUUGUCUAGUUCUCGGUUGAAAUGCAGCUAUUUCGUGACAAAGCGUCCAUUUCGCCGUAUAUACCGUGGAAACGAGCAUGGUGACCCCUCUUUCUGAGUAUUCUAAGUUUUAUUUAUUUUCUUUUUUACUUGUUACAACAGCGUACCAAGUUACAUUGCAACAAUUUCGGCCUGAAAAGUGGGGCGAGUUUCAAGAUCAACUUCUUUUUAGCCGGGAAGAGCUAUCGUAAUCGCCGUUAAAGCUUUUGUUCCCUUUUUUUAGGCGACUGGUGAAAAUCACCGCUAGCUUUGAUGUCUUAUGGUUAUGCGCAGUAGUAGCCUGUCCCAGGCUCCGACAUACUCAGGUCCGCGAAACUGAGAAAGGGCGAACACGAAAAUAAAACGGGAGGAAACUGAGGAGAGGAAGGGCGGCGGAGCCUGUAAUUAGGGAACUUAAGCACCAGACGUCCUUGAUUCACCAGCGGCAUGGCUGGCCGCGCAGAACUGGAUCGGGGACGCAGUUUGCGAGUCAAAUGCAAAUCAGUAUUAAGCAAAACAACGUGAAACCAUUACGAACGCCGACAGAAUAAUUCAGUUGAAAAUGUCUUUCAAAGUUUUGUUUCUUUCUUACGAAGAAAAGAUGAUUUCAGACGAAGAAUUUCUACUUUUGUAUGACGAAUACUCUUCGAAGAACCCAGAAUUUGAACCUCUGGUUUCAACCUGUCUUGACAUGCGCAGAGGCUGUCAUGCUGCAAAAAUACUUCCGGUUUGCGUCCGUGGUACCAAGAACGUCUGUCUGGUGCUUAAGUCCCCUGUUAUUUCUUUAAACGGCCUGCUUUGGUAUACCAGCUCCUGGUAUACCCUCUGAUUGCUCAGUUUUGACAGUUAACAUCAUCCCCUAAUUGCAAGAGUCGUUAUGGAAUAUCGACAACCAACGCGAAUCACGCGUGUUAUUAAAAGGCCAUCCCCCGGGCCUCUAGGCUAAGUGCUCAGCCUUUGACAUGGAGAUUUUUCAUUCUUACGCAAAUAAAAGUCAUUUUCACAAGGAAGGUUGUACAUACGUACGCUUGGCCUCAUUUUUAAAGUGAGUGUUUUUGGAACUCGGAAGUGGACUAUUAAGAGGAAUACACGAUACAUUGUUUCUUACUGAUGGUUUUGACGACUGUCUGCGAGAUAUCUCGGACAAAAAAGGAUCUUAGAAAGGGGCAGAAAUCUCGACUGUCUUCUGAGCUUGACUCGGGAACCUACGGGGAAAAGAAGUUUCGCGAUUAUGCCUUCGGUCGCGGCAAAAGUUUAAUUUUUCAACGCUUCCCAGGUCUGGAAAAAGUCGCUGGCAUUUAAAAAAAAUCUAUAGUACUUCGCCGCUCAUCUAUGGAUGAGACCAAGCAGUCCAUAGAAAGAGCGUGGAUUUUCAGCUGCAGUCAUUUGAAACGGUGAAGAAGUAGAGGAGGAUAAGGAAAAAGCGGGAGAUGGCAAAUAUUGAUUCAAAAGUAUUAAAAACUGCGAAAUGAGUACAAAAUGUACGUGUAAUAGCGUCUUGUCACGCUCCAGUACAAGGACUCUAGUUAUCUAAAAAAGGUAUCAUUAUCGAUAACUGGUGAUGCCUCGAUGUCAGCUGUAAUUCUUGCUUUUUUUCGUAUUUUCAUCUGUAGAUCACUUUUCAUGGCAAUUUUACUGCCUGACUGACUCUAAAUUGUUGGGCCAAGCAUAACAAAGUAAGGCUGGGAAUCAUUACAUUCACGAACAAAUCAACUAGUGACCAACUAGUGACCACUAAUACAUACUCACUAGUACAUACAGUUAUUUGGAUCCACGCAUUUCAGAGAACCGGUUGGUGAGGCUAAGUUAGGCUAACGGCGUCAGUCAAACAGCUUGCAUGAAGUAAAAAACUCAGUAAUACCUUAAGUCUGUGACCAGCAGGCUCCGCACUGGGGAGAAAAAGACGCCGAUAUUUUUCCUAUUUGACCCCGUUUUCUGCCUUUUUCCCCCACUGCGGAGCCUAGUCCCAGGCCCAAGUAAUACCAACUGCUAGAACCAAAGCCCCUGAGACCAAAACCACAGGAAAUCAAUAAACGAAACGGACCAGCUUCAACAAGCGGCAACGACUAUAAAUGAUUAUUAUGUACUCAUGAAGCAAAAAAUUCCUGUGUCACUUCUGCACAGACUUAACAAUUGCCGAAAUUUCUAAACGCUGAAAAAAUGAACCUUUUUGAAUGAAAAGAUAUUCGUUCCACCACAAGCCUAAUGGCUUUGAGGCCUUAAAAUAUCAACGUAGACUUUGUGUAUGCAAAUCAAUAAUCAGAAAUAGAAUCUCACCAAACAACUCGUAAGACGCGAUAGCGUACGAGAUUAAUUGAAGCCUCGUUCACUUGGAACGAUGGAUUGGGAGAUUCGCAGACGGUAUUCCUCACAUUUGCGGUGUUCAAAUAGCGCGAAAUACUUGCGCGGGAAAUGAGAAUCGAGUGAUUCUAGCAAAUUAAAAUUUGACAGUUUGACAGCCGAAUCCAGACGUGACAAUAAUGGGUAGAAGAGGGUCGUAAAAGAAAUGAUCACAGGCUCUCUCUCCCAUCCUUUUUCCCGCCACUGCCGCCUUUUCCCAGAUCACGCUCUUAUAUUUUCGCUUGCCUACUAACGCGUCAUCCCCACUAUCUGAGACCCUAGAAGACACUAGCGCAGUAAGUGAUGCGCAGUUUCAAGACAAGGGAAUUGCCUUAAUAAUAAGAAUUAAAAAAGGUUGAGUUUGAUCGUCCGGGUGAACGUAGUCCUGAAUAGGACUGUUGUUGUUGACAGUGACUGAGGUUUCGACAACCUGUGCGGUAGUCAUCUUCAGAGUCAAAGUGAGUUGUAUCACGUUUCGAUCCGUCUAUUGUCGCAGUUAAACAGUCGUCUAUUGUUAGUCAAAUUGUUAGUUCUCCAGUUGUUCUCUCGUAGUUAGUUUUGCUUGAUCUCUCGUCAAUAAGUCGUUUGUACGGCGCUGGUAACUGUUGACUACGAUUCAGUGGCGUUUUUUCUAAGUUAGUAAACCAGCUUUCUAAAGUAAGACGUUGAUAGUAGUCUGUAGAAUACGUUAUACAUGUCGCAGAGUCCCAGUCAAUUUGAUGUUUCGUCUUUAAAUGGUGUUCAGCAAUGUGAUUGUUGACGUCACCAUUCCUCGUCGCGCGUUUGUGUUCGGUCAGUCGCGUGCUUAGGUUUCUGCCGGUUUCACCAAUGUAAGAAGCCUGGCAGUCGCAGCAUUUGAUCUUGUAUACUGCUCCCUGUCUGUCCUCCGGUUUGUCUUUGUCCUUGACAUUAGUAAGCAGUCGCCGUAAAGUAGUUAAAGUUUGACUAACAAUAGACGACUGUUUAACUGCGACAAUAGACGGAUCGAAACGCACCAAUCACUGAUUACGAGUCUUCAUAGCCAAUAACAUCACGGCUUAACUGACAGACGACCAAUAACAUCGCGACAUAAUUGACCAAUCAGAUCAAUAACCAGAGUAUAAUACCAUCAACUGACGUGAUACAACUCACUUUGACUCUGAAGAUGACUACCGCACAGGUUGUCGAAACGUCAGUCACUGUCAACAACAACAGUCCUAUUCAGGAAUACGUUCACCCGGACGAUCAAACUCAACCUUUUGAAAUGACUCCUGGGUUCAAACCUUUCACAAUAAGAAUUAAGGGAGCAAUUAAGUAUCGUUGAAACAACAAAGAUUGAGAGCAGCACUUUCGAGAAAUAUUUGGCCCAUCCUUAGAAUCCUAAAGUAUGCGGUUGAUUUAGCUCAUCAUAAAUUAAGGGCUCAUGAAGGACCCCCCCGCCCCCUUCUCUCAUUAUCGUCUCUAAAUAAACAAACCAUGCGCUCUGUCUGGUGGCCACGUCUUUUAAAAUAAAACUAGUAUUAUGUUUCCUUUCUCCUAGGUUCAAUUUCUAAUCCUUGCUUAAAAGAUCUAAGUAAACUAGUGAUCGCAGAAUUGGCAAGCAGACUUGAAAUUGACUCAAUUGCUUUUCGGCGAUUUCAUCAAUCAUUUGGGCUUGAUCCUGACCAAUUGCACCCUGAGUGGCUGCAGAAUAUUAGCGAUCUCUUUCCCGACACCCCAGUUAAAGUGAUGAGUAAUGUUUUUGAAGAGCUGCAGCUUUAUGACCUCGUAGAAUUACUGGAGACAGGAAAACCACGAGCACUUGGCCCGGUUAUUCCUCUGAGUGAGAUGGAAAAGAUACGAAAUCCUAGUUAUCGUCCCACAAAGUUUUGCAGUGAAACAGAGGUUCUGCUGAUCAACUACUCUGAGGGUGGUACUGUGGGCAAUAUUACUCAAAGAAUUGGAUCGUUUUUUAAAGCUCUUAACUCACAAAGCAAUGUUACUACAUUGGAGGCAAAGGGUAUGGCUGAAUUACUUGAGAAUCUUUUUAUCUUAAAGAAAAGCAUGUGUGAGGGAGAGAGCAAUGACUUGGAAGAAAUAAAAACGGAAGCUUUACUAAAAGAACAUCUGAAGGAGAUGAAAGCAAAACGUGUUAAAGAUACAUUUGUGUGGUCCACAAUGGCGGGGCGCCCUGUCAGGGUUUUCUCCCAAAAGACACCAGACAAAGAAAUAUUGAGCAAACACUUGAAAGAUGUGAUUGAAAAACGACAGCAGUGGACAAACCAAAUGAAACCGAAACUCGAAAGGGAGAUAAAACAGAAUGAGGAAGAACUGCAGAGAAAGCAUAACAAACUGCAAAUCACUUUGUCAGCUAUCUUGGAAAAAUGGAUCUGCCAUGCGAAUGAUGAAGGUUGGUUGAAGGGGCUAUGCCAGGCUAUUUGGUAUUUUUUUUAAAAGCCAAAAAAACCUUUAUUGCCAUUAUUGGCUGCUGUCCUCACAAUUCGACAGAGAGGAUUGCUGACUUUCGGUUUGUUUUUGAAACUCACUAUGUCAAACAACCUCCAAACGGCCUAAAUAGUUUUAUCUCUACAGUUAACACUCUCUUUACCUCUAUCUUCGUUUUUAUUGUUCGAAGCGUUAGCGAUUAUUGGACAAACUAUUUAUAAUAGAACCGACAUGGCUUACAGGGGUUUUGACGUUAGGAUACCUUCGUGCUUUGCGCCGUAGUCGCCGGCCUUCGAACUUUAAACGUUCAACAGUUUCAGUGUCUAUGAAUUCAUGCGAUCAUGAAAAGAAGGACAUUUGAAUAUCAUUUGAAUUAAGUGAAACAAAAAAGCAGAUAUUAUAGAAAUAACUUGCAAAACUUUGGUUCCAUCUCUUUCGGUCAUCUUAAGAUCGAUGCGGUACAAAAAAAUCGUUCAAGUUUGAAUGGCUGCAGGAUCACUGUCCUUCGAGUAACUGUAUCUUUCGAUUUCACGAAUCGAAAGACAGGAGUUAAAAUAGUGCUGAGGAGCGGUUAAGGAUACUUUCCCUUGUCUUUAUAGGUAAGGAAUCAAUACUAUUUGUGGUGCUUGAACAUUUCCAGGACCUGCAAAAGUAUGGAGUACCACUUGAUACGAUCAUGAGGAUGCGCAGAUGGUUGAGUGAAAAGUUGACGCUCAUUCCAAAUGCUAAGCUUGUGAUUGUCAGUGGCUUGGAAAGAUGGAAAGCUGAACAACUGCCACGAGAAACCUUUGGCAUAUAUUAUAAUUCUGUUGGGAGAGAGCUCACUAUGGCCACACUAUUGGAGCUACUUAACAAGCGUUGGCAAACAUUAGACCUUGUCUCAGUCAUGCAGGAAUUGCAAAGGACACUAAUCAUCAAGAAAACGCCUCAGUACAAACUUAUUGAAGGAAAGAGUGUGCGCUUUUCAUUGAGCAAAGAUGUGGAUAUAUUUGACAAUUUAUCUUGUCUUCCAAGACUUCAGAAAAAAGAAUAAAUGACAAAGAUUGGUGAUUUACAAACCAUGAGGACCCAAAAAACUUGCGAACUUCAAGUUUGUACUGAUAUUAAAUAUUCUCUUAAAAACACUGCAAGCUACUCUGGUGUUCAUCGACUGUACUAACUAGAGGAAUACAAGUGCAGUUCUGGAAUCCUCUCUUAUAGAACCGUUGCUGCAGUGACGCGCGUAGUUAAUGGACGACAACCUCGUUUCCAGGGUCCUCUCCUACUCGUCCUCUCGUUCCAGGGAACGAGUUGAAGAGGACCCUGGGAACGAGGUUGAAUGGAUACUUUGAAAAAAAUAAAAUGGAAAGAGGCUUAGAGUGGCAUUAAGCUGAGUGUUUCAGUAAAACCAAAGGAAAGGUAAUUACUUUAUAUAUCGACAAUAUAUGUAGAAGUAGACUGAUGGAACCGUAUUAAAUUUUGAACAAUUUUUGUUGAGAUGUUACACAAUCAGUCCAACUCAAAAUUAUAUGUAGUUCUUGAGUAACACGCAAGUAAACACGAAAUAAUUAUGGUUUCAUUCAUGGUUGUUUGGGAGGAAAAGAAAGAGAACUAAAGCAAGUAAUACAAUAGCGUUUUCUUCGGCUACGUGUGGUCAGAAUGCAAGUCAUUCGUGUUAGUUCCAUAUAGUGUACCAUACAUGCAGUAAAAAUCUAAUGUUUCUAUACCCUUGCUUACCAUGUAAAAGAAUAACAACAAAAAAUUUUUCAAAUAUUAACGGCUGUUAAGCUGUGUGUAGACGGUUCACGAAUCACCCCUUAAAUAAUGGACUUCAGUUUAUUUCGAGACUGGUACCACUCACCCUAUUAGGGUGGCAGACAUGUCAACUUUACAUGGAAAAUGAUCUCUGAUAAUGAGGCUUCCAGUCAGAAACAGCGGACUUGUUAAGCAUACAUAUAUUGAGGAAACUCCUGUACAAAUACAGCUAUCUCAAAGAAAGGUUGUCGAAAAAAAUGUGUACGCGACAAUCCCGAAAGGCAAUAUGGGAUGUGAUAAUGAUCGUUAAUGCACUGUUCCUAACACUGCAGCUGUCGAACCUACUUUUGUAGAACUCGUAAACAUACGUUCAAAGACUUUCGUGCCAUUCUUUCAGAUUUUUUUUGGAAGAAAAGUGAACUCAAAACCACCCAUAAUACCUUUCGGGAUUGUCGCGUGCACUGUACCGACGACCUUUCUCGAAAUAGCUGUAUAUAGGGUGACGGAAAGAGCGUAAAGAGGGAUUUUUAACGGAAUGUCUGAAGCUCAGAAUUUCUAAAUUUGAAAGACAGUCUUAACAGACACAAAGGACUUGUUGCCUGAUCCCGAGAAAAGGCGGACAGUCAACUUCAUCCUAGGCGAAAAAAAAAAAACAACAAUCUACUACAUUUGACUUUCUGACUUUCAAAUUUGUACAUGUAAUGGUUAUAUGAUCAUUUUGUAUUGGCCAUUCCUUAACCCUUCAGUCCCUAAGAGUUACCAUCUUCUUAAGGUCCUUAUAGUACACUGCUCAAAUAUAAAAGUCAUGAAUAAAAAGGAAAUGAUCAAGCAGUGGAAAGAUCUUGAUUGUUAAACAAAUUCUCUUCAUCAGUACCAUAGGUAAUGGACGGAGAACCGCGUACAGAGUAUGCAUGAAGGUUUUAGGCUAAGCCCACACUAUACCGGAUAGCUUUUGCGCUGGCACGAAAACCCUACCGGAUGCUUCAGUUCACACUCAAGAACGGUGAUUUUGGCGCGAUUUCUGUAACGGAACGAGGCGGUGCACGGCGCCGAUCUCGAGAAUAAAGCGUCACAAAAUUAUCGCAUUGGUUCUGUGCCACACUUUGGUGUAGUGUGAGCAGGUAUUCGGACUGUAGCGGAAGUGAAUAAAGUAGUAUAGGAAAGAGGACCGGAACGUACUGAGAUGGUUGUAAAUAUUUGUUUGUUUGUUUUCCAAGUAAACUUUUAUUGCCCUUUUUCAUACUUGAUGUUAAAUAAAUUGUAAUUAUAUUUGUAAUUGUAAUCUGAACAUAGCCUAAGAGUUUCCAGAUGUCCAUGUCCACAACCCUAAACUGUAUAUAUUGACUAAGACAUUUAGUUAGGUCGCUUAGUGUAUUUAUCGUUCCAGGAGGGCGAAUACAAGCAGCAAGUUUUGCAUGCAGUCUCGUUUUGACGUAUAAAAUAAAUUUACUUGUGGAUCCAUUCGAAUUUUUUUUCUCUGCCUCGUCAAAGAAAGCGUGGAAAAAUAAGGUAAUUUGUAUAAAUUCCAAAUGGCGGCGGCAAGUGCUGCAAUGUCAACCAGCCCCUCCCCCCCGCCCGAACUCCAAUUUCGUUGCACUUGACAAACAACUAUGACACGCGUCUGCCAAAUAAUCUCUUUUAAUCGCACCUUCCAGUAAAGUCGAUUAUUUCCAAGGCCGAUCCACGAAUUUACGGCAGAUCCACAAAUUUCGAAAACUACUAACUUAGUCAACGAAAGAAGGGGAAGUCCGUUGUGCUCUCUCCUUCCUCUGCCAAGAAAGGUUUCCUUACGUCUUAAUGAUACUCACUACAUUACUGCACCAUCAGUGCAAGCUUUACUUGUCUUUGAAAAUUUUUCUAUGUCGCCUCACCUUGCUCAUGAUUAAGAAAGUUUGGGGAUUAUCUGGAUCGCUAUCAGAAUAAAGUAUGCUCUGUUAAACUGUUUCAGCAGUUAGCAGUCUUGACAGCUCUGUUCCUGAAAGCAUCCAGCGUCUAAUGGCAACAGGGUUUUCUCAGUGUAAGACCAACUUAAACACUCGAGCCUCUUACGCAGUAGUCUUGCUCAUGAGCUCCAGGGAACGCGACAGCCAUUUCAAACAGCACAGUUGCCCUAAAUACAAACUCUUCUUUAACUGA